ACAGUAGGUGAUACACUCCUGCAGCAUAACUGGAUUCAACAGUGUGGGGCUCUGUCCUUUUCAAUUGGUUUCAUCUUCGCGGUUUGGACAGUAGAAGCCUAAUAGAGCGAAUGAAAGCCAACGUUUUCAUUUAGAACUGUCUACAUAGCGGGACCUUGUUUACAAGGCUACUUAUACUGACUUACUUUCGUUCAAGAUGUCUUCGUCUGCAACUACAACUAUCCGACCUACACUGACAGCGGAUCAGACAACCGUCAUCGUGGCCUCGGUGUCCUGCCUGGUGUUCUUCAUAGUGAUUCUCAUGCUCCUGGUGGUCCUGUACAGGAAAGAUCUUCUCUGCCACAGGUUGUGGAGCUACCAGACCACCCAACACUAUACAGACGCUCCACCCCAGUACAACAUCAGACAGUCUCUAGUAGGGUAUCCCUAUGAGGAACAGACUGCUGCCAUGACCCACGGAAAUGUGGGGUCCCAGCUUCCAGGGAGGCUGUUUAUCAUCGGUAAGCCGAGCAGCUACCACCUGGAUGGGCCCCUGCCCCGCCUGCCAUCCUACGAGAGCGUCCGUAAGAAGGACCGCCAGAGACAGAUCCACUCCAUGAUAGCCGACCGCUUUGGUCUCAGCCCCACACAGUCUGAAACGGCGCCUCCUCCGACGUAUGAGGAGACUUUUCGCCAGUCCAUGGUCAUCUCCUCUGAAGACCUACAGUCUGUUGAGACAUUUCCUUCAGACCUCCCUCUCUCCACCUCUAGCCUUGAACACACAGUGACAAUAGAGGCAGCCCCCUCACCUCACCACCCUAUUUAGAGCCCCAUCCGGGAAUCCCUCUCUGUCUAGACCAGGUGCUCCUUGAGGACCGGAGCACUACUGGUUCUCAACUUUGCAUUUUAACCAGACUCACUUUCACACCAUUGGCAAGAGGAAAGAAUUAAAAUCAACAAAGAAAGAGACAUUGUCAUGAUAAUGAAUGACUCAGUUUCACUCAGUUUGUGAUCCUGAGACCGCUCUCAGCUCUGACUGUGGUCAGUUGGUGUAGUGAGUGGUUUUAACAUGACUGUACACUGUAAAUGGCUUGAUAUCCUGCCACUGACAAUGAUAUCCUUUAUCAGCUAUAUCAGGGGUGUUAAACAUGCGACUGGCCCGCUGGUGGUUUGAGUAAAACAAAUUAUCUGGGGAAAAACCUUCAAUCGACAUUGAAAUGACUAAAACCAAAAUCUAAACUGUGUAGGAAUGAUAAUGGACAUUAUUUUAUAGUCUCUUCACUCUGUCCAGCUUGAUAACAGUCAUCGAAACCAAAGCUUGACAGUCAGGGAGCAUCAACAAUUCAAAAAGUGAUUGACACAGGACUAUUUUUUGCACAUUAUGAUGGUGACGAAAUAUCAUCAAUUUUAAAUGCGCCCCUCUGGACCUCGGUGAAGACCGAAUGCAGUCCCUGGUGCAAAAUGAGUUUGACACCCCUGAGCUAAAUAAUCAAAUAAGCCUAAAUUUCAAACCCCAGUGCUCCAGUGUGUGGAAAGAUGACAUCCACACCUCAGCAGCAGCAGACAUCUGAUGCGUCAACACAACGUCCAAAGUCGUAGACAACCACAAAACAAUGACAUUGUCCCGGAUUGAACAUGUUAAUGAAAAAUCCAAAACCCCUCGUUACAAAAGAACACUGAGCUAUGAAUACACAACGUGUGCUGAUGGCUUUGAGUGUAGGGCCAGACCAGAGAGCUGUUGUGGUUGAACGCAUCACAAAUGAUUAACAUUACUGAGACAGACAAUGUCUUUGUUCUAAAUGGCACCCUAAUUGUUAAAAGUAGUGCACUACAUAGGGAAUAGUGUGCCAUUUGGGAAGCAAAUCAAAGUGUGUUCACUCAGUGACGGUUAACCAGGUCAAACUAACUAUGCAGAGAAACGCACAUCGACCCUGAAGUUUUACCUUCUGGGCAAAACUGGAAUGGGUUUGUCAAUGUGUUUUUAGACUGAGAUACGUAACUAUGCAAAACAUUCAUAUUAAGUCCGACCCAAAUCAAACCAAAAAUAAGUGAAAGUAAUAGUUAAAUAGUUAAACUAUGCGCUUAAAUUACCUAUGCGCUUAAAUUAAAUAGCUGAACUAUGCGCUUAAAUUACCUACAGUGAGGGAAAAAAGUGAGAGACAGAAUAACAACAAACAA